ACAUCAUCAAUUCUUAUUACGACAUUCAAAAUCCGUGAAAGAAUCUACAGAUAUGACUGAAAAACUUUUUGCCAACAACAAAGAAUGGGCCAAAUCAAUUACUAACGAAAACCCAGAUUUCUUUAUUAAUUCGUCAAAAGGGCAAAGCCCAAAGAUUGUUUGGUUUGGUUGUUCCGAUUCUCGUGUUCCAGUUGAGACUAUAGUUAAAUCGGGACCCGGUGAAAUUUUUGUUCAUCGAAAUAUUGCGAAUCAAUUUCAUCAUUCCGAUUUGAAUUCGUUAUCUGUGUUAGAAUAUGCAGUUAAAUUUCUCGAAGUUGAACACGUCGUCGUAUGUGGACAUUAUGGAUGCGGUGGUGUAAUAUGUUCGAUGGGAAGUAGUCAACACGGUUUGGUCGAUAAUUGGAUAAGAGGCAUUAAAGACGUUUACCGAAAUAACAAAAAUUCGGUAGAAUCCUGUGGUUCCGACAAGGAAAAAGCAGAUUUACUUGUAGAAUUGAAUGUUAAACAACAAGUUCAAAAUAUUUCUGCUACAGAUAUUGUUCAAACCGCAUGGGCUAAGGGUAAGAAAUUGAAAAUUCACGGAUGGGCUUAUCAACUUGAUACAGGAUUAUUGAAAGAUUUAAAGGUUGAUAUAUGUGGUGAACAAGAUUUAAAAGAUCAAAUUUAUAAGUAUAAAAUUUCAAACUAGGAUCGAUUAUGUCGUAUUAAAUAUACAGUUUAAUUUGUUAUUUGUUCUUUUAAAUAUUGCGUAAAUAAAGUAAAUAUAUCAAAAUGUUAUUCCAUUUAUAUAAUUCGUAUAAAUGGUAUCAAAUU